AUGGCAUCUCCACCAGCGCUCGAGGCAGACACCGCAGCAGCAGAGACGACCAAUACGCUCGCGCUCCUCAUCCCUCACCAAUCACUUUUCGCCCCAGCCAUCCUCGCGCUCCUGAAGGACCACUACACAACAUACGGCCCCCUCGCACACUGGGCGCCGGUGAAGGGCUUUGGCCGGGUGAUUAUGGUAUAUGAAGUAGACGAGGAUGCUGCGAAGGCAAAGAGGGACGGCGACUGGUUGAAGCUGGAUGUCAAUAUUCCGGGCGAGGGGACAGACAGUCAAGGAGAGUACUUUGGGCGAAAGAGGCGAAAGUCGGGUCAUAAUGGGCUUGUACUCCGGCUUCAUCCCCUCCCACCUACUCCCCUCGCUAUAGAUCCGGAUGAUCUCCACCUCAAACCCCCAGAGCACGCCAAAAACUUUCUCAUAUCGCCGCCGGGCUCGCCACCGGAGGGCUGGGAACCCAUCAGCGAGGAUGGACCCAACACGUCGACCCUGGCGGAUGACUUGCAGAAAGCGCUGGAACGGAUACAGCUAAACGGAAGGCGGAGGGGAAGUAAGGAGAUCAUCCUCGAAGAAGGGGGCGUUAGGGUGGAGGUGGAGGAUACGGAGGAACGGACGGAUGAGGGGGUUGAGGAAACGGUGGCGGGUGAUGUGUGGAAGAUUCCGGGACAAGGACGCAUGCUGCACACUGCCAGACCACCCAUUGAGUGA